AUGGCGUACCGCAGGCAAGGCCAGAAGCUGCAGAAAGUGAUGGUGCUGCAGCCCAUCAACCUCAUCUUCAGAUACCUACAGAAUAGGUCCAGAAUUCAGGUGUGGCUGUAUGAACAGGUGAACAUGAGGCUAGAAGGCUGUGUUAUUGGAUUUGAUGAAUAUAUGAACUUGGUUCUGGAUGAUGCUGAGGAGAUUCACUCAAAGACAAAAUCAAGAAAACAGCUGGGUCGAAUCAUGUUAAAAGGAGACAAUAUUGCUCUUCUACCGAGUGUUUCUAACUAGAAAUAGCUAUUGGGUCUGUUUUGCUUAUUAUUCUAAUCUUUAAACCUAUAGAAGAAAAUAUGCAGUGGUUUAAUGGUAUCACUCCCAAUUCUACCAUUGGUGUUUAAAGAGUGAAGAAUGAAGCCAGUUACGUAAUUUGUGCUCGCAUAGUUUUCAAUAA